ACCAAGAAAUUCUAGGAAGAAGUAAUAAAGUGGCAAAUCUGCUCAUUAAAAGCACCGAUAAAGUGGGCCCACCCGCCGGUAGCUCGUGUCUCCACGCCUGUCCCUGUCUCUGACUUCCUAUCUCCAUCGCCGACCACCGUCUUUCUAGGGCUCUCUCAUAAAGAUCGAUGUCUUUUUGGAAGAGAGAGAUUUGAAAAAGAAAAGAUCUCCGCCGUCUCAUAAAAAGCGUAACGACCUUUUGUGAAAGCUUUUCUUCUGUUUGUUUGGAGCUUCAAAUUUCGGCUCGAGCUUGAAAUUUGGAUGGCGAAGACGGGUUCCAAUGCGGGUUCGUUCCUACGGGCGCUGGAGUCGGCUAUUGGGAUAUCGCUGGGUGGGUCAGAAUCAGACUCGGCGGUUGUGAUCGUGACAACGUCGGUUGCCGUCAUUAUCGGGCUGUUGGUGUUGGUAUGGAGGAGAACGUGGGAUCGUAGUAGUAGCGGCAGCGAGGUGAAGCCGGUGGUGGUGCCCAAGUUUUCGGUCAAUGAGGAGGAGGACGAGUUGGAUGCGCUGUCCGGGAAGACUAAGGUUUCCGUUUUCUUCGGUACUCAGACUGGCACAGCGGAGGGAUUCGCUAAGGCUUUAGCUGAGGAGAUAAAGGCAAGAUAUGAUAAAGCAGCUGUCAAAGUUGUUGACCUGGAUGAUUAUGCUGCGGAUGAUGAUCAAUAUGGAGAAAAGCUGAAGAAAGAGACUUUGACCUUUUACAUGCUGGCCACUUAUGGAGAUGGGGAGCCAACUGAUAAUGCUGCAAGAUUUUAUAAAUGGUUGACUGAGGUGAAAGAUAGGGGUUCAUGGCUUCAACAACUCAGAUAUGGUGUUUUUGGUUUGGGUAACCGGCAAUAUGAACAUUUCAACAAGAUUGGAAAGGUGGUUGAUGAACAACUUAGUGAACAAGGUGCAAAGCGUCUUAUUCCAGUUGGUCUAGGUGAUGAUGAUCUAUGUAUUGAGGAUGAUUUUGCUGCUUGGAGGGAACAAUUGUGGCCUGAGUUAGAUCAGUUAUUUCAAGAUGUGGAUGACGUGAAUUCUGGAUCUACUCCAUACAUGGCUGUUAUUCCUGAAUAUAGAGUAGUGAUUCAUGAUCCCACUGCUACAUCUUGUGAUGAUAAUUACUCAAACAUGGCAAAUGGCACAGCUUCAUUUGAUAUACACCGUCCUUGCAGAGUUACUGUUGCUGGUCAAAAAGAGCUUCACAAACCUGAGUCUGAUCGCUCCUGCAUACAUCUCGAGUUUGAUAUUUCAGGGACUGGCAUUACGUAUGAAACUGGAGACCAUGUGGGUGUUUAUGCUGAGAAUUGUGAUGAAACUGUGGAAGAAGCUAGAAAAUUGUUGGGUCAACCACUAGAUUUGCUGUUCUCUAUUUACGUUGACAGUGAUGAUGGCACACCCCUUGGAAGCGCAUUGCCACCUCCUUUUCCUGGCCCUUGCACACUUCGCACUGCAUUAGCACGUUACACAGAUCUAUUAAGUCCUCCUCGGAAGGCUGCUCUAAUUGCUUUGGCUGCUUAUGCCGUUGAACCUAGUGAAGCAGAGAGGCUUAAGUUUUUGUCAUCCCCUCAGGGAAAGGAUGACUACUCAAAAUGGGUUGUUGGGAGUCAGAGAAGUCUUCUUGAGAUAAUGGGUGAGUUCCCAUCUGCAAAGCCUCCUAUUGGUGUAUUUUUUGCAGCAAUAGCGCCUCGUUUGCAGCCCCGCUACUAUUCAAUCUCAUCCUCUCCUAGGUUUGCGCCCCAUAGGGUUCAUGUGACCUGUGCUUUAGUUUAUGGUCCAACUCCCACCGGCAGAAUUCAUAAAGGAGUAUGUUCAACCUGGAUGAAGAAUGCAGUUCCUCUGGAGAAGAGCCAUGGCUGUAGCUGGGCUCCUAUUUUUAUUAGACAAUCUAAUUUCAAGUUACCAGCUGAUCACUCACUUCCCGUUAUCAUGGUGGGACCUGGUACUGGCUUGGCACCAUUCAGAGGAUUUCUACAGGAAAGAGCAGCCCUUAAAGAGGUGGGUGCGCAGAUUGGCCCUGGAUUACUCUUCUUUGGAUGUAGAAAUCACCGGAUGGACUUCAUUUAUGAAGAUGAGUUAAAUGGUUUUGUGGAGCAAGGCGUGCUAUCAGAGCUGAUGGUUACAUUUUCAAGGGAGGGGCCGCAGAAGGAGUAUGUUCAACAUAAGAUGAUGGAAAAAGCUGCGUAUAUAUGGAGUCUGAUUUCUCAGGGGGGAUAUUUUUAUGUUUGUGGUGAUGCCAAAGGUAUGGCCAGAGAUGUUCAUCGGACUUUGCAUACAAUUGUCCAGCAGCAGGUAAGCGUGGAUUCAUCAAAGGCUGAGGCCAUAGUGAAGGAACUCCAAAUGGAUGGACGAUACCUUAGAGAUGUAUGGUGACAGUUCCACUUUUUAAUAGAAACUGUCACCAUUCAGAAAAGUGUGGAUUCAUCGAAGGCUGGGGCUAUAAUGAGGAAACUUGGAACGGAAGAACCAUACAUUGUGGCAUUCCACUUUUUCAUUUUCUAUCCCUGGCUGUUUUGUAGCACUGGGGCCGAAUGUAGCAGUCAAUUUAUUUAUCUUCCAGUCCAAGCCCCUUCGGUGGGUAUGUUUCUGCCCUCCCGGUAUUGUUGCAGCAGAAUGGGACAAAGAUGAUGGUGGAAACUGAAACAUGGUUCCUAUUAGGGUGCGCAUUCAUUUUUAGGAACAGCAUAGUAGCAAAUUACAAAGAUGCCAGGAACAGAAUAAUCACAGGUGAAUAUUAGGUUGUUUUGGAUUGGAUUUUUUUGUAUGAACAACUGUAGUUAUUGGGGGAGUUUGAUUGACCAGCCAGUGGUUUUCUAUAAAUUUAGCAGGCAGAUCGAUUCAUCCAAAAUGAAUGGGGUUGCUAUCUGUGCAUUCGAGUUUUUAGUGAACUGGUUCUGAUACUAUGGUGCUGCCUUGCAAGUUGUGCAUCCGGGGGCUCCUGAGUCCUGACCUUUUUGUUUCUAAAGAGUUACUUUAUGUAUAUAUACUUUUGUAUCUCUUAUUACAUUGUGUUAAUGUAAUAUUGUUUAUCAACCUUUAGAUCAUAUUAACACAAUGAGAUACAAGUAUAUAGCA